AUGGAGCAGCCCCAGAGCCUCCGAUCUCUUUUCGCUGCUGCAAAGGCAGAGAAGACUGCGUUGGAGCCCCGCCCUGACAGCAACUCCGACUCCUAUCGCAAUGAUGUUAAUGCAACGAUAGCCAAGUUUGAAGAAUGUCAGCGACUCGUUGCACUGGCAUCCUUGUUCAGCUCUAACGAAGCGCUCGAAGAUGUAUCAACAGGAGAUCUACCUUAUCUCACCGUGGAUUAUCUUUUUGCGGAUAUUCUCCAGAGAUCUUACACUUCAGAUCGUGAAGCUACUCUGCGGCGCGCCUUGGAGCUAUAUGAGAGCUAUCUUGCACGCUUGGAUGACUAUCAACUACUUAAGCCCAAUGACAAAAAGCUAUACGACCGAUAUAUAUCGAACCCGACGUCCUUUUCGCUAGCCCCGACUAAUGACGCGGCCAGCCGAAGAGAGGUGAAGGUAGCGCGAUUUCAGGAGGAGAAAGAGCUGAAGGAGAAACUUGAGUAUCUAUCAAACAACCAGGGCCGGUUACAGAGUGACGAAGACGAUGUACGGCAGCUCUACCUAGCGGAAAUCAACCUAUUCACACACGAAGCAUUCCAAUCCAUGGAUCUAGUCUCUCAAGAGCUUUCCAUGCUUUCCGCAAUCCGCAGAAACCCCCCGAAUCCCGAGCAGCUGCCGCACUCUGACCCAAGGAGACGGAACGAUGACCCCCAUUCGGGCUACUCGGAGCGUCUUGAUGCCCCUCUGUCUCAGCUGCUUCAGGGUGGUAGACUCAGACCAUUACUCAGCAAGGAAGGAAAGCCAUUGCAACCUUUCACUCUACUAGAUCGCCGAACACAGCUACAACAGGGUGUAUUUAGGUCUGGGCAUAAUCUCCCGACGAUGACGAUUGAUGAAUAUCUUGAAGAGGAAAGGAAAAGAGGAGGCAUCAUCGAAGGUGGUGAAAAGUCUGGCAUGAAAGAGGAGGUAGACGAGGAUGAUAUGGACAAGGCAGAUGAAGAGACGAUGAAAGCCAGAGCUUGGGAUGAAUUUACGGAAGCGAACCCAAGAGGUUCUGGGAAUACAUUGAACAGGGGCUGA